UUAUACUUUCGUUUAUUUCUUAAAAUUAUACAAAAAAAAAAAUGCCCAGAGACCGCUCUAAUACAUGCUCUUCAACAUCGACCCUCACCAAGCGCCGACCUUCGUAUAUCAACAUCAAUGCUGCUGGUGCUGCCACUACUUCUGGUGACGACCUUCUCUUUCCACGCACACCAAAAUCGAUCAACAAGACUCGUAGAUCGUCUCUUGUUCCAGAACACCAUGACCCCCCACGCUCUCCUUCCUGCAGGCCCAGUUUGACCUCAAUGAAGCACAUACCUACCCUUUUAUCCGAUAGUACAACAGCCUAUAUUCAGGAAAUUGAUAAUCACCAAGCCAAAUCAAAGGGGGGCACCAGAGAGAUUGUCACCCGCUCUCGUUCUUCGUCUCUCACAAGCAUGCUCGUAUCGUCAGCCACAGCAAGUUCUCUACCUAGCUUUGACGUUCACACACUCUACAAAAUCCGAACAACACGGUCGUCUAAGAAGCUUGAUUACUUUUUUGGUGAACAAGCUCCUCAUGAUAUCUGUGUUAAAGAAAUUCGCAAAGAAGGCUUAAAAGCAAUGUUGGAAUCAAAAGUACCACUCUGUUAUUUACUCUAUCAUUUGUUAGAUGAGUACAGCAGUGAGAAUUUGUUUUUCUUUAUCGAAUUGGAACAAUACGAGUCAUUCACAUACAGCUCCCCACAGCAGCAACUCACUACGGCUCAGCACAUUUAUAAUACAUACCUAACCCGCAACAGCCAUUUUGAGGUCAAUCUUGACGACCGGGUCCGGCGAGCAGUAAUUACCGCAUUGGAAAAGAAAGAAAUAUCGGGAUGCUUUGAUGCAGCCAAGCGUGCUGUGUAUGGUUUAUUAGAAUCGAGCUUCCUUCGUUUCUCACAAAGCCCUGUGUUCGAUGAGAUGACCGAAAAUUGUGGUGAACUCACGACAAACUAUGAUAAUGAAUCCCGAGAUUUAGCAGUCAAUAAACUUAUCACUUAUAUUGAGGAUCAACACUCCCUCAUUUACACCGACCCUCACACAGAUACACCAGUGUUUAUGAGUGUCUGCCAGACCUCAAGACGUCGGCAUGAGCUGAUAAAAUCAAUGAUUCACGAGUUCUGUCGUACACUGGUUGGCGUGGAGUUCAACUAUUACCGUCCUGACCCUUCUGCAUUUUUCCAGGAACAAUCUUCUCGUUCUGGAUCGCCUACCUCUUCAGAUACACGCACCUAUAAAAAAACCACAGGUCAUUCUCCAAAGAGCAACAAAGAUGUAUUUGACUUUUUUGGAAAGAAAAAGUAGUAGUAUUAUAACAAGCUCCAUUCAUUCCUUUUUAUUCCUUCAUUAAUCCUAUGCGCGCACCUUUUCUUUCCUUUUGUUUAAGCUAUGUACCCCUCCAGAUUCCUUAAUUCUUUAUCCUUAUUUUUCUCUUAUAUAUUUCUUUCAUUCAACUCAUAGUUUUCCUUUCUUUAUAGACAAUUAAUUCAUAAGAACACAUUCCUUUUCAUAUAUAUAUAUUUUUCUCUUUCUGCAUUUUGCAUGUUUCUAUUAUUCGGGUUCGCUCCUUUAGUUUCAAAUAUAAAAAAUAAAAUAAAAAAAUAAAAACAGGCACAAUUUAAUA